UUUAAUUAUGCUAAGGUCGUAAAACAAUUGAGGCAAUGGUCAACGAAGUGACGUAGAUAUUAUUCCUAUAACAAUUAUAUAGACUUGUUGUUUAUUAGUCUAUGGACUGUAGUGUACAAUGGACAAAUAGAUCGUCAAAGUGAAUGUUGUGAAAAUGAAACGAUUCAGACGCUUGGCCCAGAAGCGUUUUUGGGUGAUAUCAAUGAUCCAAUUUGCGAUGUUCACAACAGCAUCGAGUCUUAACGGAACGACCAAAGCAAAGGUGCAUCCAGAAAGACCAGAUGUAGGGCUUUACGCCUGGAGCUCCUGGGGUUCAUGGAGUCUGUGUUCCAGGUCCUGUGGUGGCGGAGUAUCAUAUCAAGAGAGGCAGUGUUUACUUAGAUCUCGUAACUUAUUAAAUACAACACUAGCACCACCUGUAAUAAGUGUGAGAGUGACGCGGCAAGUGCCAACAGGUCAGGACUGCGCAGGAGUUUAUAGACGCUACCAUGAAUGUAAUACUCACGCAUGUCGAGAUGGAAGUCGAGACCCUCGCACAGAACAAUGUUCCACAUACGACAGAAGGCCGUUUAGAGGGAGAUAUUAUACCUGGGUGCCUUAUAUUGAUGGUGACGCGCCCUGUAUGCUGAACUGCCGUCCUUUGGGUCACCAUUUCUAUGCAUCAUUAUCUCUCGUGGCGGAUGGGACUCCUUGCACAUUGCAGGGGUAUAGAGCGAUAUGUGUACAGGGAACAUGUAAAGCGGUCGGCCGAGAAUCAGUUCUUUCUAUAGCGAGCACUCGUGAGGUCAGAUGCGGGCGACGCCUAGUGUCGGGCCUCUUCGCACGUCCGAGGCUUCCUCUGGGCUACUCCUACAUCACGACGGUCCCGCAGGGCGCCUGUCGGCUCAAUGUCUCGGAAAUACUGCCCAGCGAUAAUUAUAUAGCUUUAAAGAUAACGAACGGAACGUAUAUAAUGAACGGUGAGUUUGCCGUUAGUUCCCCUGGAGUAUACGAAGCAGCAGGCGCAAGAUUCACUUACACUCGCAAAUCUGGUUUGGAUUCCGUGUUUGCAUCUGGGCCUAUACAUUUUCCUAUUGAUAUAAUGAUUCUCUACACCGAACCGAACCCGAGUAUCAAAUACGAAUACUUCACAGACGCAAUGCCUGGAGAAGUUGACAUAGAAUCCAUCACGAAGGAGACAGAAUCCCCUCCUAAACAUAUAAGGCGUCACCAUGGUUUUGAUCACUCGUAUAACGUACCGAGACACACAGACAAUGAGAAUUCAAUCGAAAAUGUUGUUGGUACUCGAAAAUUCCUUUGGAAAAUAAUAUCAUAUACCCAAUGUUCUCGAAGCUGUGGAGGUGGCUUUCAGGUAGGCAAGUACCGAUGCGUCGAAUCCAGUAAUACUGAUGAUCGGGAAGUUUCUCCGGCACACUGCGUGGGUGCAGCUCCUGGUGGAAAAAGAAGACGCUGUGGGAACAUUCCGUGUCCGCCAAGGUGGAGGGCAGCCGCCUGGUCUUCCUGCCCUCAAUGUGGACCGUCAACUAGAAGCAGGAUUGUUGGGUGUGUUCAAGAUCAUUCCAAGGGAAUUACUAAGAUAAGUGACGCAAAAUGUCCUGCGCCGAAACCCGCUGUAACUGAGAAGUGCAAUAUCCCAGUUUGUAAUUCAGAAGUUACUAAACCUUCGAAGAAACAAGUGGAUGCCUUCAGAGAUGGGCCCGUUUAUACAAUCGAAGUAGAUACUGAUUUGAAUGUAGGACCAGAAUAUAACCUUGGCACCGCCGCGUGGCUUUACACCAACUGGUCUGAGUGUGUCGGUUGGUGCGUGGGCGGAGGUAUACAAACUCGAGCGGUGCGAUGCGCUGAUCCCUCUGGGUGUGCUCCGCCGUCACCGCCAGAGUACUCCCGCAAUUGUUUACCGAAAAUGUCUUGCGAAGCACAUGAAGGCCAUUGGUUCACUGGGGACUGGUCCGCCUGCACCUCUUCAUGCGAGGGAAAGGAAGUGCGGGGUGUACUAUGUAUCGGUGGUACAGGGAGACAUUUGAAAGAAUCUGCAUGCAAGGCUCCAAAACCGGAGAGCGAACGCACUUGUGGUCAGGACUGUACUCCGGAUUGGUUUACCAGUGACUGGGGACAGUGCGUAGGAAACUGUACACUCGGUAUAGGUGUACAACAUAGGACUGUUGUAUGCGCACGCGGCGAAAACGCCAAUGAAACGAUGUGUAAAUCAACGAGACCUCUCGCCACGCAGCCAUGUACUCCGCGUUGUAUUGACUCUACCAAGAUCAUUCAGUCACAAGUACUGGAAACUACACAAAGACCAAUUACACAUCAACCAACAACCACAGCAGUACCAGAAGAGAAAGAUUGUGAGGACAAGUUGACAAAUUGCGCUUUAGCUGUACAAGCACGACUCUGUCAUUACAAGUAUUACAUACAGAAUUGUUGCAAUUCUUGUAGGACGUAAUCUCAUUCAUAUUCUCUAAAAGACAACAGAGUUGUUCUAUUUACGCGAGUAUCCAAAUACGAAGUAUAUUCAUACGUAAUAGAACAUUACGUAUGAAUAUACUUCGUAAUGGACCUCUAAAAGAAGUUCACAUAGUAUAAUGUUACGUUAUUAUUUUAAUAAUCUAUGGAUGAUAAAAGCAUCUGCGGAAAUGGCGAUUAGCUAAUAUUGUAGCUAGUGAAGCUAGUAUUGUAGCUUCUACUGUCACUGAACUGACAUUUAACAAUAAUUUGUAGUAUUGUUAAAUGUGAUUCCAGUUUUUAUUUUUGUUUCUUUUUUUAUUAUUAAUAUGAAGCGACUUAUACGUUGUCUGUAAUCUGUUAUUUAUAUAUCCUGGCAAUUUUUGACACAAUUUUGAAUUGAUGUUCAACAAAUCAAAUUAGUCUACGCAAUCGAGAAAUGUUAUUUGAUACAGAGUUUUAGACACCUGUACUAAGAGUUUGACAGUCUAACUAAGUCAAGUCACUAGUGUGCCAACGUAACAUUUUUGUUUAAAACAUCUUACAUUAUUCAUAGUGGGUUUGUGUAUUACCUAAUGAAAUAUUUUAUGCGCUUGUUACCGUAUAGAACGAAUUGUUUGUAUCAAAAAUAACGGUAAUACGUUACAAAAUGCGAUAAUUUAUAGUUACACUAAUUUUAAUUGUAUAAAGAUUAUGGAAAAUAAUAAACCGUUUCUUCCUCCUCAUAAUGUUAAUGUUAAGUGUAUUUAUAUGUAAUGACGUCUAAUUUACAAAAAUAGUUGUGUAAGCGACAACGUGUUAUGGACAAGGGCGGAUCUACUUAAGGGCUUCUUGAGCUGCAACUGUACUGAAAACAAUAGGCGAUAUUUUUAAUAAAAACAUCUGAAAUUCAAAGAAAUCCAAUCAUAAUGUUCGAAUCCCUGAGAUCAACCCACUCAUGCGCAACUACCGAACGCAACGGGGAAUUCCCCGUCGCUUGCUUUCGGUCGGUGUAUAUUUUCACGUGUGCACGUCUAUUACGGGGGGGGGGCACUACCCAGUAACAGCGUUAGAGCCCCAGAAAUUUACGAUGCGCCCAUGGUUGUGGACAUUCGUCUAGCAUUUUUAUAGUGUUGAAUAUGCAAAGUAUUGUAUCUAUCUAAUUUAGGAUUAUAUAAACAUUUUAUAUAGAUUUUGAG